UGCAGCAUUUCUUCUGUCAUUUUCCAUUACCAUGUCUUCGAUUCACGACUUGCAAAAUUCUAUUCCAAUGGCUGAUACGAACUUGAAUCAGUCGUCUCGGAGCAGCAUGACCAGUUCUUCGGACACAGAUGACUCUGAUGCAUUUUCUAUCUCAAGUUCUGGAUUGACCACGCCCGCUGACGAGGAUCCUCAGUCCGACUACUUUCCAGAGGAUAUAGAUGAAAAAAGCAAGACCUCAAAGCCCAAAUAUCCUAGUCUUGGCAACUUGAAGGCGUGCACCUCCGAUUUCCAAAGUUCAUCACCACGACCACUCUCAGCAACGCUUCAGAAGGCCAAAAGAGUUGCGCAGAAUAUGAUGGCAUUCAAACGAAAGGCUAGUAUGCGAAAGCGGUACGCAACCGAUCAUGAGUCUGAGCGAUUUUAUACUCUCCCAAAUCAGUAUCUCACUGAGACUAUCGAUGUCUCAGAGACCGAUCAACAAGAGAGCUUCGAUACUGUCACCGAGUCCUCCAUACAAGAUGCCAUCGGGCCAGAAGAUGCAGAGGAACAUCACUCCCUAAAUCCACGCCGUGUCCCUUUGUCUUUGAAGACAACCAUCCUGGCAGCUCUAGGAACAGGAAACAAGAGUCUCCCAUCCAGUUUCAUAAUUCUCGCCUGCAAGCUUAUCUGUUUCAUCCCUUGGUGUAUAUCCGUUGGUGGAGCUAUCGUUCUCUUUCCAAAUCAUAUGGAGCUCGUCGCAUUUACCCCAGGAUAUCUUUCCUCUCCGAAAGGGCUACGUCGCUUCGCUCACUGGGCUGAUUGUGCUUAUCAUCACAUCAUGAUUUUUCUUUCCGUUGUUGUUGUGCUCACAUGGUACAAUCCGCAACUUGGCGUUUCUUUGGGAGGCGCUGUUUCAGCUCGCGCGUUAUACGUUUGGAACAAUUUCUCUAUUGACAAAACCAUCCCUCUGGGCGAAGAUGACCAACAAAGUCUGUACUUAAUAAUGACAGACUCGGCAUUCAACGACGAUCGUGUCAUCAUAGGAAGAUCGCCGAAUAACUGCGAUACGAUGAUUCUGUCAUCGUUAGAUUCCAAUAUUGAUAAUAUAGAUACAUUUAACUAA